UGCAUGACUUGAUCCAAUUGAUGGGUAUGGAUAUUGUGAAACAAGGAUGUGAUGAUGAUCCCGGGAGACGCAGCAGGCUAUGGGUGUAUGAUGAUGUUCUUGAUGUUCUAUCAUGCAACAUGAGAGAUUGUGCUGUCAAAGCCAUAGUGUUGGAGUUACCUAAGCGGACAGAGAUAUGUAUUGGUCCCGAUGCUUUUACUAAACUGAGAAAGUUGAAAUUGCUUAUCUUGCGCAAUGUUUCUUUCCAAGGUCCUGUAUGUCUUCCUAAUCAGCUAAGAUAUUUGGAAUGGGCUGGAUGCAUUCCCUGGAUUCCAGAAUUUUCCUCUGGUCCAAAUAAAUUAGUGGUACUUGAUGUCAGCGGAGGCAGAAUGCUGGGAGAGCCAAAACAAUUUGAGGUGAGCAUAUACCUACAUUGACAUUUUUUAUUAUCUAACCUCAUUUCUGCAUGGGUAGGCGUGUUAUAUGUACGAGUACACCACAGGAAGUGGUGUUCCUCUGUUUUAGAAACCAUUUCACCAUUUCUCUUCAAAUGACUGUAACUACAGGCGUUAGAAACUUUUUUAAGUGCAGCGAAAUUGGGAUUUGAAGAAUUAAGCGAACCAUUCUAAUAUUUAAUGGGAACAUUUUGUUGAUAAGACGUGCAAUACAACUAGAUGUUAUAAAUAUAUGUGAAAAGUGAAUGUUAUUUCAAGAUUUGUCAUGUGGUUGGCAUCCGCACUCUCAUUAUGUGACACUUCACUUUACUUUCUAAUAACUUCACAACAUGACCCAUGGCAUAAUUUUGCCAAAACUAUUUUUGUCUACUAAUGAAGAAUAGAUUUGGUUCAGGUAUUUCAAUUUGAGUUUUUUUGUGAGACAAAAUCAGUUUGGGAUAAAUGCGUCUACCUAUUUGAGAUUUUUAAUGGUAUCAUACCUAAUUCUUUUAAUAUUUGUCUAAAAUUUUUUGUAUGUAAUCUGUUUUAUACUAUGUGGGUAUAUAUUAUUCAGUUCUUUCGAAGAAAAAAUGUAAAAUGUAUGUUGAUAGGAAUUAUGUUUGGUUAAGCGAUCAUAAAAACUAAAUUGCUGGUUAAAGCGUGCUCGUGAGUGUGCCAUGCGGCUUAAUCUCGACCAUCAAAAAAGCUUUACCCAUGUAUAUGUAUUAUGAUUACUGGGUAAAGUUUCUAACUGUUCAGUAAUUCCUCAAUCCGGUAUGUAAUUCUCACAAAAUUAACUUAUAGUAACUUGGAAUAAAAGCAACCGGAAUAGUAGGUUUCAAGUCG